AUGGAUCACCCCAAAUUCUUAGUCUCAACGCGAAAGACAGCGCUGGUCGGAUACCAAUUCUCUCCUAUGCAGAGCUGGGAAACGAAGAAACAACGCUCCUCACCAAGGCUUAGAACUUCAAUUAUUGCUGGCUCGAAACCCCAACGUCGAGAUUCACCACGCAUAUUUGACUUGACGCUCUACAGAGCGCACGGUGCCGUGGCCCUCGCGAUAUCCAGGAAAUGGCGAACGGAAGCCGUGGUCUAG